CCGACACCGCAGCCGAGCCGCCCGAGGCCUCCGACAUGGCCCGGGGUGGCGGCCAGAACUGGACCUCGGGGGAGGCGGAGGAACAGACCGAAACCCCCGAGCCCGAAGCGAAGAUGGUCAAGGAGACCGAGUAUUAUGAUAUCCUGGGGGUGAAGCCCAGCGCCGCCCACGAGGAGAUCAAGAAGGCUUAUCGGAAGCUGGCCCUCAAGUACCACCCGGACAAGAACCCGGACGAAGGCGAGAAGUUUAAACUCAUCUCCCAGGCUUAUGAAGUACUUUCAGAUGUAAAGAAAAGGGAAAUUUAUGACCAGGGCGGGGAGCAGGCUAUUAAAGAAGGAGGCACAACGAGCGGCAACUUCUCCUCACCCAUGGACAUUUUUGACAUGUUCUUUGGCGGUGGAGGCCGGAUGACUAGAGAGAGAAGAGGCAAGAAUGUCGUGCAUCAGUUGUCUGUAUCGCUUGAAGACAUAUAUAAUGGAGUAACAAGGAAACUGGCACUCCAGAAAAAUGUAAUUUGCGAAAAAUGUGAAGGAAUUGGUGGGAAAAAGGGAUCCGUUGAAAAAUGCCCCAUCUGCAAAGGGAGAGGAAUGCAAAUUCAUAUCCAGCAGAUUGGGCCAGGAAUGGUCCAGCAGAUUCAAACAGUAUGUCUUGAAUGUAAAGGCCAAGGUGAACGAAUUAACCCCAAGGACCGGUGUGAGAACUGUAAUGGCUGUAAAGUUGUAAGAGAGAAAAAAAUUAUAGAAGUUCACAUAGAAAAAGGUAUGAAAGAUGGACAGAAGAUCAUGUUUCAUGGAGAAGGAGAUCAGGAGCCUGAGCUGGAGCCUGGUGAUGUCAUCAUUGUGCUCGAUCAGAAGGAUCAUGGUGUCUUUCAGAGAAGAGGCCAUGAUUUGAUCAUGAAAAUGAAGAUUCAACUCACUGAAGCUUUGUGUGGCUUCAAAAAGACGAUAAAGACACUGGAUAAUCGAACUCUUGUUAUAACUUCUAAGGCAGGUGAAGUGAUAAAGCAUGGUGACUUGAAAUGUGUACGUAAUGAAGGCAUGCCCAUCUACAAAUCAUCACUAGAGAAAGGCUCUCUCAUCAUACAGUUCUUGGUUAUCUUUCCUGAAAAACACUGGCUUACUCAAGAUAAAUUGCCUCAGUUAGAAGCUUUACUUCCGCCGCGACAAAAAACAAGAAUCACAGAUGACAUGGAUCAGGUAGAACUCGAGGAAUUUAACCCCAACGAACAAAACUGGCGCCACAGCACAGAAGCGUAUGAAGAGGAUGACGAGGGCCCCAAAGCAGGAGUGCAGUGCCAGACAGCGUGACGUGGCGUGGUGUGUGCGGACUAGCAAACUGAUGAAUGUAAAGUUGGCACAAUGAAAAUGGCAUCGCUUUAAUGGCCUUGUGUCUGGGCUGUCCUGUGUGUGUGUAUGUGUGUGUGUGUAUGUGUGUGUGUAUGUGUAUGUAUGUGUGAGUUCAGCACAAGGAAUUGCUGAGUGUCCCCUUUGUUGGUUGUAUCUUAAGUUACAGCUUAAUUUAUAUUUAAAUGUUUUUAAGUGUAAAUCACAUCUAGUCUGCAUAUGGAAUCUUUUCAUUUACACUUCCAGGUUGUAGCUUUGGGAAGCCCCUGACUGAAAGUUGUGGUUCUCAGGUAUCAAAACUGGAGCCCUGGGGCAGUCAGGCAGCUGUGGGUGACUGCGAGCGCCCCAGCCUGCGCCCACAGCAGUGAGUGAUGCCGUCAUCUCUGGGCUCUCCCCCACUGCUUUUUCUGGGGAAGGAAGAGAGCACCUAGGCCCAAGAGGCACCUGCUUCACCACACUGAGAUGGGAAGGGCAGCCCGCAGCACCUGGCCCACCCUCUGGUGUGGGCUGAGGUCACUCUCCUCACCUGGAGGAGUUACCAGGCAGUUUUGGAUUAGAUUCUUCUAUUACUACUCACCCUUCCAAAACAUUUGUUGGUAUGAGAAAAAACCCAACCAAACCACCUGUCUGGAGGUGAUACUGAAAAUACAGUUUGGCCGCAGUCCCCUUACUUGCCUGUUGCCUACCUGACAUUGCUUUUUCCCUGUUGGCCCCCUGUAUAACACCGACCAAGCCAAAGAGCUUCACUGUAGAGAAUCCUUCUCUACAUUCCCAGCCACAAAUAUGACCCUCAGAUGCUGGGAUGUCUAUAGUAAAAUAGUAGCAAGUUGAGCUAUUUGCAUAUCUGAGUGGCUUCAGGAACAAUUUGUAAAUUCUGUCUGUCAGUAGUACUAUGUUCAAUAUGUUGAUGUUCGCCACUUCUUUACUCACCUGUCCUAUAAAACUGAACUUUUUAAAAAAGAGUGAUGACUGAGGAAGUUUGCUUUUAUACUUGCACGAGGGCAUUUCUUUCUGUUCUGCUUUGUUCCUGGAUGGUGGAUACCAGGCUGGUGGUCCCGCCAUGUCUUCGGAGGGCUUCUGUUCUCUGACAACAUUGUAGCUGGCCAUUAACGGGUCUCUCAGCUUUACUACCAACCCAACACAUCUCUCUAACCUUGACCUACCCAUCAAAUUGCACUGAAUUCCAUUAUAAGUGAGGUAAGUCAGCCAGCCAGCCAGCCUGAAAAGGUUUGUUCCAGUGGACAAGUACAGACAACUGAGGUGUGGCUGUUGACAGUAAAACGGGAAAUGGGUUUCCCUUCCAAACCUGUAGUAAAUUUAAAAAUGCCAAACCCAAGAUAAUCCUAUUGAAACAGACCUGAUUGAGCUACAGUGCUCUCAGCUACAGUAGAUAACUGCCAUUUGUGGAGGUCUGACCUAUCUGUGAGGCAAUGUAGACAUGCAGGCAGGUCCAGGGACUAGAUAAUAGUUGCUGGGCUAAGACCUAGAGCUAAGUCUCAUUUGUACAAUGUUAACGGUUCCUUUUCCCAAUGACCAAAAGUGCUGACAGCGUAUGCGGGACUUAAGGGAAAAAACAAUGCCUGGCCAAUAACAUUGUGGCACAGGCCAGAGCAAUUUGGUGAACUUCUUUCUCCCUGUGCACAAAUGGAGUUUUACAUUUAAACUGAAUCAAGGUUCCUGCUCCCCCACCCUCGCCACUUUGUGUUUUCUUAAGAAUGAUUAGUACUUAGCAAUGUGAGUUCUAUCACAAUUUUAUUUUUCUACAUUCUUCUGUUGAUUAAGUAGACUGUCUAGAUGGGGACCACAGAGGGGCAUUACUUUAAAUGAUUUUUUCACCUGUAUUUUCAAGUCAUUCUGAAAAUAAAAUUGCACUGGUAUUUGAAAGA